AUGGCAGAACCACAAGCAUCUCCAAAAUCACCAUCAACACCAUACCCAAGUAACUUUGCCCCCGCAUACCGUUAUAAAUCAAAUCCACCACCAGUACCAAAACCAGCACCAAUACUAAAACCAAUUCCAAUUUCACCAACAAUACCAAACUCACCAUACCCAUACACUUUUGUUCCAUCAUACAGAUAUCAAAAGGUUUCAACAUCUACACCAGUAUCAACAACAACCCAAUCAGAAACCAGUUCAUCUUCAAGUUUUAACUUAUCUGGUAAUCCAACAGAUAAAAAAGAAUCAACAACAAAUAUCUUUGGCGGAAAAACCUCACCUUGUUUGGAAACAACCCUAUUAACCACCACUACACCAUCACCAUUUGGGGCACCAUCAACCACAACUACACCAGAACCAGGACCAGAAUCAUCACCAGAACCAUCACCAUUUGGCGUACCAAAAACCACAACAACACCAUCACCAGGACCAAAACCAUCACCAGAACUAGGACCAAAACCAUCACCAUUUGGCGCACCAUCUGUAAAUUUUGUUGGUAAUUCCACAAGUACCAGUUUUUCAACAACCUCAUCCUCAAAUUUAUUUUCCAAUCUUUUUACAGAACCACUCUCGGGAACAUUCACAGCUGUAUCAUCACCAUUUGGCGCACCAUCAACUUCAACUACACCAUUUGGGGCACCAAAAAUCACCACUACACCAUCACCAGGACCAUCACCAUCACCAUUUGGCGCACCAAAAACCACCACUACACCAUCACCAGGACCAGGACCAUCACCAUUUGGCGCACCAUCU